GCAAUGUAGCGUCACACUGCCCGCGCCGGUGGUGAAUGCAACUGGGAGAAAUUCAACUGCGUGAUCUGGACCAGGCAGGCGGAGGCGGCGGUAUCACCACUUUAAAGGGAUUACACUGCACAAUUUACACCCAACCGGACAAAGAGUGACUGGAGAACAGGAAGGGAGCCUUGAUGUGGGCAGUAUGAGUAAGACGCCCCCUAACAGAAGAGGGAUAUCUUUUGAGGUGGGAGCUCAGCUUGAGGCCAGAGACAACCUCAAAAACUGGUAUGCUGCCAACAUAGAGAAGAUUGACUACGAAGGUGAAAAAGUACUGAUCCAUUACCGCCAGUGGAGCCACCGUUACGACGAGUGGUUUGAGUGGACAAGUCCCUACCUGAGACCUGUUGAGAGGGUUCAGCUGAGGCGGCAGGGCCUGCAGGACGACGCUCCUGUACCUGGCUUUCAUGUGAAUGACAAGGUUCUGGCCAGCUGGUCUGACUGCCGUUUCUACCCCGCUAAGGUCAUUUCAGUCAAUAAAGAUGCAUCCUACACUGUGAAGUUUUAUGAUGGCGUUAUCCAGACAGUGAAGGGGAUACACGUGAAGCCUUUUAUUAAAGAGAGAGGUGGUGUUGGUGGAGGGAAGUCUCGGUCCUCUGAAAGGAACAUGGUCAGGAGGGCCCCGAGCCGCAGAGACAGGAGGCCUCAGGAGAACGGAGGUCCCAAGAACAAGCGAGCCAGACGCAGCACCUCCGACCAGGAGGAGGAUAGCAACAGUGAGGACGAUGAGCGGGAAGAGGGGAUGGUGAACGAGAAGAACAAGAAAACAAUUGGUGAGGUAGAGGCUGCUCCCGCUGUCAAACAGGAAGAGGAAAUGUCAGAGCAAGCAGACCAGGACAAGCCCAGGGAUGUAGAAAAGGGGAUGGGACUCACAAAUGGGGUGAAGGUAGAAGAAGACUAUGCGCAAAACGAAGAAAGGUGUCAUGUAAAUGGAGAGGUAAAGAAGGAAGAGGUGGAAACAGAAGGGAGUGAAUCAAAGCCAUACACAGAGUCGCCCAAGCCAUACACAGAGUUUCCCACUCAGACGUCAGCACAGAUGGAGCAGGUGCCUGUCACUAUAACAACAACAACCACAACAACAACAGAAUCCAAUGGAGAUGUGGAGCAGAAGCCAAACGUCCAAUCAGAAAGCUCUCAGCCUGCCGCGGACGUGCCGCCUCCCCAGCCUGUGAAACCGGUAAGGAAGCAGGGUUUCCACAACCCCAACAGAUUCAGCAGAGAACCUUUGUACCGUGUUAUCAAAAACCAACCUCCUCCCGUCCUGUCCAUCAACCUCGACCACAACCCAUUUAAGUGCAGCGCUCCCGGCUGCACAAAGUCGUUCCGUAAGGCCAAGCUGCUGCACUACCAUAUGAAAUAUUAUCAUGGCGAGGAGCAGCCUCCGGAGGCGGAGCGCAGCCCCACCAGGAAUGUCCAGACCAGGGCCUCUGAGAAACAGGCUACUGCCACUGGUUUGGACGGCCCAAAGAGAAGGCGCACCAUCUCUGCCUCUAUGCACUCUGUUGGGCCUGCCACGGCUUCCCGUGGAGAGGUGAAGACUGCAGGCAGGCGAACAUCAGCCCCGCCUGCAGUCAACACCCAGAGCCAUCAGCAGAGGGCACUGCUGAGGGAGAAGAGCAAGGAGAACCAGCUGGACAGGAACGGAUGCCAGCAGCAGGACAAGGACUCAGACAAGAGUGGCUUUGACAUUGGGUCAUUAAAAGACAAACUGAAAGAGAAACCGAAACAGAAGGACUUCCUCCGCAUUAAACUAAAGAAGAAGAAGAAGAAAAAGAAGGCCAAGUCUGACUACACAGGUAGUGAGGAGAAUAUUGACAUCUCAGUAUUGGGUCUUCAGUCCAAAUUGAAUUUGCCAUACAAAUUCCCCCCCUCACACAAUCACAAGCCUGAGGCCUACCCCAGCAGGCCUGGAUACAGCUACUCACAGCAGAUACAUGUGGAUGAUGAGGAUAGCAUUAGUGACUGGUCCACUGACAGCUGUGGGUGGAGUGACGAUGACUUUGGGGUGGAUUUGGACGUCACCACGCCUCCCCUGAGUGUGGACUCCGGUGCUGUGGACACAAGUGAAGAGAUAGUGCGAUGUAUCUGUGAGGUGGAGGAAGAUAAUGACUUCAUGAUUCAGUGUGAAGAUUGUUUGUGCUGGCAGCAUGGCACCUGCAUGGGCCUGCUGGAAGACAAUGUUCCAGACCGAUACACCUGCUACAUCUGCAGAGAUCCACCAGGUCAGAGGCAGAGUCUGCGCUACUGGUACGAUCGUGAGUGGUUGAGCAAUGGUCACAUGUACGGCUUGUCCUUCCUGGGAGAGAACUACUCUCACCAAAAUGCCAAGAAGAUCACCACCACCCACCAGCUGCUGGGAGAUGUGCACCACGUAGUAGAGAUCCUCAAUGGUCUGCAACUCAAGAUGAGCGUCCUACAGAGCAAUACUCACCCAGACUUGCAUCUGUGGCGGCAGCCCUGGAAGCAUUUGGAGAGGUCACGGACCACCUCUGACUCGUGUCGUGGCAGUGACGCAGCUCCAUCUCCUGUGACUCCUGAUGAGGACAUGAGUCGCGGUGAAAUUUUAAUGUCCAAUGCUCUGGAGAAGCUGAGCCGGGCUGCUACAUCUGCCACCUCCUCUUCGUCCUGCUCCUUCCCCUUCCCAUCCUUCCAGGACUCAUACAUUACCAGUGAACAUUGCUACCAGAAACCACGGGCAUACUACCCAGCGGUGGAGCAGAGGCUGGUGGUGGAGACCCGACAGGGCUCAGAGCUGGAGGACAGCAUGAGAAGCACAGAGGAACUGUUGGAGCGGGAGCAGCGCUACGGGAGCCUGCUGGAGAUGGACAAGCCAAAAUCAACAGGCACCAGUUCCAAGGCUUCAAUUGGUGGCUCUUGGUCCCAGGCUGAGAUGAGGGAAGAGGGUGGAAGAGAUCCUGGAGGGGCUGCAGAUAACAGCAGGCAGCAUCAACAGAGGCAGAUCAACCUGCUGGAUCACAUAGAUGCAGUCCAGGACGAGGUCUCGCACAGGAUGGACUUCAUUGAGCGGGAGCUGGACGUGCUGGAGAGCUGGCUGGACUACACCGGGGAGUUGGAGCCUCCUGAACCCCUGGCCCGUCUGCCUCAGCUUAAACACCGCAUGAAACGGCUGCUGACACAGCUGAGCAAGGUGCAGCAGAUUGCCCUGUACAGCUCCACAUGAGGGCGCCAGAGAACAGCAGCGGCUUCAGUCCCCCACACAGCAUCAAAAACGGUGCGGCCGAGGAAGCUCACUGGCCUCUGGCUGCAAAGAUAGCGAUAUUAAUGCAAGUGCAAGACUCAGAUUGUUCAGCACAUUCUCCCUGACCUGACUUCUGCAGCUGUUUCUCCUUUUUAAAAGGUUAUGUGGUGGAAUCCAAUGCUUCGGCCUGCCAGUGUCAUAUAUUCAUAUUUAUAUGAACAUGUAUGGAAAGUCAGCAUCAUAAAUCAGGAUUGAACACAAAAAGUAACCUCGUAAAUGCAGGAGAAAAUCCUUAAGGACCAGAUUACACUUCUAUGGUUCCCAUGCAACUCUAAACCUUAUGGAUGCCUUUUGUCUGAGCUACUGCUUAAGGUUGCCCUGUCUCUCUCAGUACACAGUGCUUUACAUGCAGAAGCUUUAUAUUUGAAAUUGCAAUCGAGUUCCUGAGCCUACACAGCCUCUUUGCUAUAGUUUUUUUGAACAUGUUUUCAAAUGGUCACUGUUUUUGCAUCAACAAUGUCCCAAAGUUUAGUUUUGGUCACCUGCCAUGCCAUACUGCAUUGAAACUGUUGCUGUAAGUGUGGACAGACAGUAACUUGAAGACAUCCAGUAUGUAAGGACACUUUACCAGCAGUCUACAAAUAAUUGUUUCUGUUUUUGACCUACUCUAGGGUUUGUUUUAUACUACACUGUGAAGUUAUUUUUGUCUGGAAUCAAAGGCAUCUUAUUUUCAGUUUUAGAGACGUAACAAGUGUGAUUUCUGUCUUAAACUGUAAUGUAAUUCUUUUCUAACAGCCCCCUCAUCCUUGUACCAGUUUUAUCAGUUAACGUUUGUUUGUGUGUUUGUCAGUUACCGUAUCCCUUACUUCAACUUACUAUUUGCAUUGUUGCUGUUGCACUUGACCCAUGAUUCACUGAAUACUGUAAUGUGGACUUUCUUAACCUAGCAUAUUGUGCUUUUUCUGUGACAUAUACUACUUAGAAGACCUGUAUAUUUCUUUUCUGUUCUUUUUCAUCUGUUUAUUUACAGUAUUUGGCUUGUUUGUAAAUAUAUUAUUCAAAAAUGUGCUCUUUAUUGAAAACAUUCUCCAGCUUCUUAUAUUGUAUGCUAAUGUACUGUAAGUGUCUGGCUUAGAAGCAGGGAAAUGUCAAAAACAAUGCAAACAGAUUUGCUGGUCCAUAAAUAAACUAUCAUUGUUAUUAAUCAC